UGCGGAAAAAUGACGCAACCUCCAUAAGUUAUAACAGUUACUAAUUGUUUGAAAGCAUUCGUAAUCCAAGGGAGAAAAAAAGAAAAAGAAAAAAGAUUUACAACUUUACGUAAUUUUAUUAAUAGUCUCAAAUCCAGCGGAAGAGGAAGAGGAAGAGGAAGAGAGGAAGAGGAAAGAGUAGAGAGAGUGAGAGACUUAGAGACGAAGGAAAAGAUUUCUCAUUUCCCAUUGCCCAUUUGCCCUCCUCUCCUCUCUUCUCUCUCUGUCUCACGUCUCUUUCAGUUUGUUCAUUGUUGGGAUCGAAUCUCUGGGUUGUAUUCAAAUUAUCCUUUUUUUUUUUUUUCCCCUAAAGAUCAGAAAUUUACUGAGCAGAGAGAGAUACAAGCAGAGGAAAGCCCAAGUGGGAGAUGGCAAUGCUUUCGAAGAAGAUCCAGAGGGAGCAAUUGAAGCCUGGAGAUCAUAUAUAUUCCUGGAGGCAGGCCUAUAUCUAUGCCCAUCAUGGCAUAUAUGUCUGUGAUGGAAAGUUGAUCCACUUCACUCGAGGAGCAGGCCAGGAAAUUGGCACAGGAACUGCGUUAAAUCGUAUUAUAUUCAGCUCGUCUCCAUCCCAUUCUUCAGACAAUCCCUGUCCAAUAUGUGGUGAUCAAUCAAGGCUUGAUGGCGUGCUCUCUUCCUGCAUAGAUUGUUUUCUUUCUGGUGGAGAUCUUUAUCUCUUUGAAUAUGGUAUUAAUCCAGCUGUAUUCCUUGCCAAACCUCGAGGUGGUACCUGUACACUUGCCUCUUCCGAUCCACCUGAAGAUGUCCUGCACCGUGCAUUUUUCCUCCUUGCGAAUGGCUUUGGUGUUUACCACGUUUUCAAAAACAAUUGUGAAGACUUUGCAAUUUAUUGCAAAACUGGCUUGCUAGUAUUCACUAGUUUUAGUAUUGGCAGGAGUGGGCAGGCAGGCUCCAUUUUGGCUGCCUCUAGUGCUGUAAUUUCUUCACCUCUUCGAUUCCUGACUACUAGUUUUUCUGGUCUGGCAUUUGUGGGUUAUGGCAUUUACUGCAUUAGUAGAUUGGCUUCUGAUAUUGGAGUUCGCCGUGAUGUUAGUAAAGUUGCAGUUGAGAAGCUUGUUGAUCGUUCAGGCUAAGCAUAUUUGGCUGCAACUGAAACAGUGAAGGAAGAAUAAUUUAUCCUAAACAAAGUUGGUACUUUUAGAUUGUUGUUUAAUGUGUUUGGAAUGUUUUCUUUGCAUUAUAUAUCUGUUUGCCUUUGUUGAAUGUUUGAGGUUAUUUGCUCUGUUUGUUCUCUUUAACAAUUCAUGGAGCUGUAAAAUUUUUGCCAUCUUCAUAAAUUGGAGGCGCAAACUGUAUGCAACUUUACAUGAAGUCAAAUUUCAAAAAUCUUUUAUGAUGAAUAGGUGAGACAAGAUUUAAGAUUUUUAUGUAUAACUUUGAUUGGAGUUCUGUUGAGAGAUUAAAAAUCAUUGUGCAUACGUUUUGCACUAAUUAUUUUGUUUAUUAUUGAA